AUGCCCCGCAAACGAGUGAAUCCUCUGGAGCCCGCAAAGAAACGCAAAAGAAGUGGCUGCGACAGAUGCCGUGCUCGUAAGGUUCGCUGUGAUGAGCAGAAACCGACUUGCGGCCAAUGUCAUGCCAAGGGCUUUGACUGCUCAACGAGCAUCAAGCUCAAGUGGGAACAAGACUAUACCAGUGCUGGACGAGCAUUCGGGAGAACUGGCUUAUGGAGCAAGAACGCCGCUGAUAAAUCGAGCGCUUCUUCGCCAUGCAUCCAUGUUACCGAGGAUGAAGUGUCUUGGAUACAGAUUCCUUUGAUUUCUUCAUACAGCUUUAUCAACGCUACGGUAGGGAAUGUCGAACAGCUUACCACUCUGGAGAAUCUCGCACUGGAAGCCACACCAGCAUUGGAUGUCAUUCGCACCAACGAUCGCGACGACACUUCGAGUACUGCUUCUUUGUCGCCAUGGCUUUCUGCUAGACAACCCGUGUUCUUGCCUCGUCAACAUUCUAUACCAUCUGCACUGCCGAUGCUGCCCGAUCUUCCCAGCCCAAUGCACUCAAAUCUACUUUCGUAUUACCUGGAGAAGAUAUGUCCCCUUACCGUUCCAAGUUCCGUCAACAAAUCCCCUUUUGCCAAUCUGAUUCUUCCAUUCUCCAUGUCAUCUUCUCCCGCUGUCUUGGACGCACUGCUUGCUCUCGCAGCCUGUCACAGAUCGAAAAAGGAUAUCGCCUUUCGUUCGACUUCGUUGAGACUAGGAGACAAUGUUCUGCGCACUCUACGCGGAAGGCUCAGCACCGAAAAUCCUCUGAAGGUUGCCAUGGAUCCUGGAACAUUGGUCAUCAUGAUGAUUUUGUGUCAAUACGAGAUCAUCAACGAGUGUGAUAAACGCUGGGUUGUCCACUUGAAAGGAGCUCGAGAUCUGAUACGAGUUCGAAGGCAUGCUCAACUCAACCUCAUGGCUGGGCCGUCUUCCAAUGAGCUUGUCGAAUUUACUGAGAAGUAUUUCGCUUUUCAGGAUGUCAUCGGUCGAACUGCGUGUGGCGAGGAACCGAUCUUUGGCAGUGACUUUUGGACAUCACAAGGCGAAGACACUGAUGCCUGGCUUGGCUGCUCUGCUGGUCUUGUAUCAAUAUUGUGCGAGAUCACUGAACUUAGCCGCCAACAUCGAUCACAGCCAGGCGUAUGUCUUCUACCUGAGUUUCAAUUUCAGGCGGCAUCCUUGGAACGCCGGCUUUGCAGCCUGAGACAGAGGGUCUUUGAUGAAGAUGACAACCUACUUCAGUUGUCUGCCGAGCUGAAAAGGUUGGCAGCUGAGCUUUACUUGCAUUGUGCUCUCAACGGUGCAACUCCCGCGAUGCCUCUUGUUGUUGGUCAUGUACAGCAGAUUCUUCGUCUUGUCUCUGUCUUACUCGAGCAUGGAGUGCUUGCAGGCCUGAGCUGGCCUCUUUUUGUCGCAGCUGUUGAACUCGACCCCAUGGAGGAUUUCGAAUGGGCCGAAAAGCAAGAUCUACCCGAUGAGGUGCCAAACUAUGCUCGACCCUUUGUUUUGUAUGCCUUGGACAGUCUCGGAAGAUCGAAUGCUAUUGCCAACAUAGUCAAAACGAGAUCUGUCAUUGAGAGAGUAUGGCUGAACAGGAGUUAUGAUGAUUUCUCUAGCACACAAGCCGAAGGCCUCGACAAAGGCCAGAACGACUGGGAGCGCUAUAUCGCUCCCUUGUGUGGUGGCUUGAGUCUUGCUUGA